UCUGGGUGUUGAGUUAAUCAUGCUGAGGAUGAUGGGAAGAUGCCUGAUGUUCAUUUUACUGUCUCCAGUUGUAAUACUCAUCACAGCUGACCGUGUGAGUGUGAGGCUGGUUGGUGGUCACAGUCGCUGUGCUGGUAGAGUGGAGGUUCUUCACAGAGGUCAGUGGGGAAGAGUGUGUGAUCGUGCCUGGGAUUUGGCUGAUGCUGCAGUGGUGUGUCGAGAGCUGGACUGUGGAGAACCUGUAGAUGCUCUGAGUAAUGCGCACUUUGGACCAGGAUCAGGAACAUUCUGGAUGGGUUUUCUCAGAUGUGUUGGUUCAGAAUCCACACUGAAGGACUGUUUAUCAUCAGGAUGGGACAAACGUAAUCAUGCUAAAGAUGCUGGAGUCAUCUGCUCAGAAGUCAGACUGGUUGGAGGUUCUCGCUGCUCUGGGAGGUUGGAGAUACUUCAUGAUAAGACGUGGAUGUCAGUGUGUGACACUGUCUUUGACCAGCAGGAUGCAGAGGUUGUGUGUAGAGAGCUGGACUGUGGGGCUCCUGUACAGGUGCUGGGAGCAGCUGCUUUUGACAAAGGAGACGCUCAGAUGUGGACACAAGAGAUUCAGUGCAGAGGAAAUGAGUCUCAGAUUCACCUCUGUCCAACAUCACCAUCACAUGAACACAAUUGUUCUCAUGACAAUGAUGUUGGACUGGUGUGUGCAGAAAUAAUAAAUGUGCGGUUGGUUAAUGGAACCAGUCCCUGCAGUGGGACAGUGGAGGUUCUUCACAGAGGUCAGUGGGGAACAGUGUGUGAUGAUGGCUGGGAUUUGGCUGAUGCUGCAGUGGUGUGUAGAGAGCUGGACUGUGGAGAACCUGUAGAUGUUCUGAGUGAUGCUCAGGCUGGACUCGGAUCAGGACCAGUCUGGAUGAAUAAUGCAAUGUGUGCUGGAUCUGAGUCCACACUGAAGAAGUGUGGAUCUAUCAUAUGGGGUUUUCAAGGUGUGUGUCAGAGCAAGAGUGCAGGAGUCAUCUGCUCAGCCGUCAGACUAUUUGGAGGUUCUCGCUGCUCUGGGAGGUUAGAGAUACUUCAUAAUCAGACGUGGAUGUCAGUGUAUGUAAUGCAUGUGAGACUGGUAAAUGGUAACAGUCGCUGUGCUGGUAGAGUGGAGGUCCUUCACAGAGGUUACACUGAUCUCAGGCUGGUUAACAGUUCAGACUCUUGUUCUGGACGAGUGGAGCUUCAGUUCCUCAAAGACUCCUCUUCAUCCAGUCCUGAACACAGUCAUGAGUGUGUGACGGGCUUCCAGUGCUCUGGGAGUGAAGCUCAUCUGGGGAACUGCAGCUCUCCACAAACUCUCAACUGCAGCUCCACACAACAGCUGUACAUCACCUGCCUUGGUCGAGGGUCCAUCAGGCUGGUGGGUUCUGGGGGAGACUGUGCAGGGAGGCUGGAGGUUUUUCACAGCGGCUCAUGGGGGACAGUGUGUGAUGACUCCUGGGAUAUUAAAGAUGCCCAUGUGGUGUGCAGACAGCUGCAGUGUGGAGUGGCCCUCAGUAACCAGCAGGUACCAGCCUGGUUUGGUCCUGGUUCUGGACACAUAUGGCUGGAUGAGGUGGAGUGUGAGGGGAAUGAGACGUCCCUGUGGAGCUGCUCUUCUUCAGGCUGGGGAAAACAUGACUGUAAUCACAAGGAGGAUGUAGGAGUUGUGUGCUCAGAGUUUAAAGAGAUCAGGUUAACUGAGGGCUGUGAAGGGAAUCUGGAGGUUUUCUACAAUGGAUCCUGGGGUAAUGUGUGCUGGAAUCAGAUGGACAGAGACACAGUGAGUCUGAUCUGUCAAGAGCUGAACUGUGGAAGAUCUGGUGUUUUGUCUGAUUCUGCACCAGACUGGCUGGAUAAAGUUACAUGUCGACCACAUGAUUCCACUUUGUGGCAGUGUCCUUCUUCACUCUGGGGACAGAAUAACUGUGGUGACGAUGAAGUGGCCAAAAUCAUCUGCUCAGAACAGGAGAUCCAUGAGUCUCCUCGAAGCUCUCUGACAUGCUCCACAUCUCCCCAUCAGAGACAGUGUUCAGAUCAUGUUCCUCUCAGACUGAGUGGAGGUAAGGGCCGGUGCGAAGUGUCUUUUCUGGAGAACAGCAUUCUGGCAGAAAGAGCCAAACCUGAAUACCAUAAUGAUUUCUCCAGCAUUGAAGGCCCAACAGACUUUAGUCAAGGUCGUCACCCCAAACUUGUUAAUGGAUCUCACCUGUGUUCUGGAAGAUUAGAGAUACUUCAGGAGAACAAACAGUACACAGUGUGUGACGGUGACUUUGACCAGCAGGAUGCAGAGAGACGAGAUGUUGGAGUCAUCUGCUCAAACAGUAAAGUUCAUCUGGAGAACUGCAGCUCUUCACAAACUCUCAACUGCAGCAUCACACAACAUCUGUCAGUAAAGAACACUGGUCGUGGGUCCAUCAGGCUGGUGGGUUCUGGGGGAGACUGUGCAGGGAGGCUGGAGGUUUUUCACAGCGGCUCAUGGGGGACAGUGUGUGAUGACUCCUGGGAUAUUAAAGAUGCCCAUGUGGUGUGCAGACAGCUGCAGUGUGGAGUGGCCCUCAGUAACCAGCAGGUACCAGCCUGGUUUGGUCCUGGUUCUGGACACAUAUGGCUGGAUGAGGUGGAGUGUGAGGGGAAUGAGACGUCCCUGUGGAGCUGCUCUUCUUCAGGCUGGGGAAAACAUGACUGUAAUCACAAGGAGGAUGUAGGAGUCAUGUGCUCAGAGUUUAAAGAGGUCAGGUUAACUGAGGGCUGUGAAGGGAAUGUGGAGGUUUUCUACAAUGGAUCCUGGGGUAAUGUGUGCUGGAACCAGAUGGACAGAGACACAGUGAGUCUGAUCUGUCAAGAGCUGAACUGUGGAAGAUCUGGUGUUUUGUCUGAUUCUACAGCAAGAGUGGAAUCAGCUCCUAACUGGCUGGAUAAAGUAAAAUGUCGACCACAUGACUCAAAUCUGUGGCAGUGUCCAUCUUCACUCUGGGGACAGAAUGACUGUAAUAAGGAUGAAGUGGCCAAAAUCACUUGCUCAAAUGAGGAGAAUCAAGAGUCUCCUCGCAGUCGUCUGACAUGUUUUGUCUUUCCAUCUCCUCAACAGAAACAGUGUUCAAAUCAUGUUCCUCUCAGACUGAGUGGAGGUAAGGGCCGGUGUUCUGGGAGGCUGGAGGUGUAUCAUAACGCUGUGUGGGGCUCAGUCUGUGAUGAUCAGUGGGACAUCAGCGAUGCUCAGGUGGUCUGCAGGCAGCUGGGUUGUGGAGCAGCACUGAGGGCUGAUGGGAAUUCAGUCUUUGGUGCUGGUGAAGGUGUUGUGUGGAUGAACGAAGGUCAAUGCAGAGGGAAUGAGAUUCACCUGUGGGACUGUUCUCUCUUCCUGAAAAAACACACUGAAUGUGCGCAAAAGAAGCUUGUUACAGUCAUCUGUGUAGAUUUGCCAGAUGUGUCAGUGUCCACUUCUCCUGCCACAACAACAUCAGCUUCUCCUCCAGUUUCUCCUCCAGUGCGCUCAACAUCAGUCUCUCCUCCACAAACUCUCUCCGUCCCCCCAGUGCUUGUGAUUGUUCUGGGAGUUGUGCUCUUACUGCUCUUAGUGUCACUGCUUAUACUGAUUCAGCAGACGAUGACUGAAGCCGUUUAUGAGGAGAUUCAGCACAGACACAAUCACUUCACUCAGAGGGGGAGUCUCAUCUCUGAAGAACUGCAUUCUGGGUAUGAAGAUGCUGAUGAGCUUCUCUCAGCAAACGAGUUCAAGACUGCAUAUUAUGAUGAUGUCACCAACAGCAGUGGCCUAAAAGAAGAGAUGGUGAAGGAAAUCACACCGGGAUACUAUGAUGAUGUCAUCACUGAUGGACUGAAACCAGAUCGUGAGACAGAAGACACACCUGAGAGCUAUGAUGAUGUCAUGACGAGCGGACUGAACUCUGAUAUCAACAAAGUGGACGCACCAGAGAAUUAUGAUGAUGUCAUCAUUAAUAGACGGAUCUCUCAAGGGGUAACAGAGAGAGUUCAGGAGGAGUAUGAUGAUGUCAUGAGUGUCAGUGAAGAUGUGACAAACCUGUUGAAUUAUGAUGAUGUGGAGGAGGAGUCAAACAAAGAAUGGGGUCAUUUGGCUCCAUGAUGUCAUCCACUUCUUCGGUUUCACACAUCUGAACAAAGUCUGAGUUAUUGAUAUAUCGAUAUUGUUAUUAAUAUCAAAUCUCAGGGUUCCCCCCAUUUUUUUUGUAUUAAAUCUGUUAUGCCUCCGUUAUACAUUUUCAUGUUCCCUGAAGUCAAAUGAAUGAUCUUACAUUAUUUACAUUUAUUCAUUUAGCAGACCCUUAUCCAAAGUGACUUACAGAUGAG